AUGGGCCGGCUCCUGCAAACCCUCUGCUUGCUCCUGCUCAUCUCCUCCUGCCCCUGCGCCGUCAUCACCGGGUGCACCCCCCUGGGGCAGGAGGGGGACGAAUGCCACCCCUUCAGUCACAAGGUUCCUUUCUUCGGGAAGCGCCAGCACCACACCUGCCCGUGUUUGCCCAACUUCAUGUGCUCCAGGUUCCUCGACGGCCGCUACCGCUGCUCCGUCAACUUCAAGAACAUUGAUUUUUUAGGGUGA